ACUGGGGUGCAAAUUAGCUAAAUAAAUAACAAUAUGGGGAUGAGGUGGGCUAAUUUCAGAAUGGCUGUGUACAGGCAAAGGUGUGUGAAUCAUGUUGGACAUAUUGGAAUCAGAAUAAAAUUGAUUUACACCAAAAGUCUUUAUGGGCAUAAGUGUUUUACGCAAUUCUGAUUUUAAAAAAUCGAAUUUACUUAAUUCAUACAUUAACCUCCAAAUGAUAUUAUUGCAGCCAUAUGGGAUUUGAGGUCAAAUCCAGGGUGGCCCCAACUAUAAUCUGUGGUUUAAUUACAUGAUUAGGGUCAAAAGAUACAAAAUCCUUCAAGGAACCUUUGACCCAAAAUGUUUAAUUUCAAUGUCUAAACCCACUUGUUUUCCUUAGAGCCGGUUACAAUAGCCACAACAUUUAAAAAAAGUGUAACUAUGUAUUUUUUUUCAGGCAGGACCAUACAGUACUGAAAGAGAGCAAUGCCUUGGGAAGUUGUCUAUUAUUCAGCUACCAAAAAGUAAAGUGUACAUUCAUCAUAAAUAUUCAUAGUUUAUAUUUCUGCCUAUUGUAUCUCUGUGUUUACAGGUCUAUAUUUCCUAGAUACAUUAAGAUAUCCUAAUGCUGUUUGUUUGUGCAUGUGGGGCAGACAGCUGACUACUUGUAUUCCAAAUGUUAGGAAUAUCAGAGCUUGAAAUAUUGGGAAUCCCCCUUCCAGCCAGGCAUUAUUCUUCACUUUUGUUAGUUUAGGGCGUGUCACAAUAUCUAUAAAUGUAACCACUUUUUCAGUGAAAUAUUUUUACACAACCAUCCAUUUCAUAAAUUAGAGACAUUAUAGAUGUGAAAAAACAUGGUUGUGUUUUGUUAUAGCUCGGGUAUGGGUGUCUCAACAUUUUUGGGGCCUUGCCACAAGCCUCGUCUUUUUAUUACGUAGUUACAACAUUGUGGUGGAGCACUCCUGUACAGUAGGUGGCGCAGUUAAACUUUCAAUUGUACAGUCCAGCAUGAGGAAAAGUAAAGAAUAUUAACAGCUACAAACAAAGCUAGCGAUGGUUCGUUUCUGAUAGGGUUGUCUUUAGUUUAAUAGCAAGAUAGAUAACUGUAGAUUAUAAUAAUAUUCAAAACAGAAAGACGGUUUUCAUAUUGAAAAGGGGGCAAAAAUGUCGGGUUCCGUGGUAGAUUUCCAGGCACAGAUAGCCUCAAUCAUGGAGGUGCUAGCCAACGCGGCUGUAGCAGAAAUCUGCAAAGUUGUUGACGAUGACUAUGCGGUUGUACACCUGAAGAUGUCCCAAAGCCACAAGGAGAACGAAUUUCUCAGGAGGAAAAUGAAACUGAUGGAACUUCAGAUCGCAAGGUUUAGAGCAGAGAAAACAAAGUCUUCAGAGGGGUCCGUCCACAAUCGCUUCCAUGGAAUACGCCUGCUGAACAGACACAACAAUCGAGAGACUGCAACGACAGGACCUACUUGGCAAAGCAGAGCCAGACUUUCCAACAGGAGUUUUGGGAACAGCAGCAUUCAAAGAGACAGACAGCCCAUAGACGUGGACCAAGAGGAUGUCUCUCCAUCAAAGCAUAUGGAUGCUACAAGUGAUGAGCAGUCAGCAGAGACAGAGGACGGGGAACCAGACCUGCUGAUCAUCAAGGAAGAGGGAGAAGCAGAUGACCAGGACUCUAGGUCCAGCCACCCAGCCAGAACAGUGGAGGGCAGCAGAGAGCUAACCACCCAACCGGCUGCAGCCACCACAGAGGACCCCACCGUCCAGCCCAGUGGCCCCAGAGGCAACAACUAUAACAACUACAUCAACACCGCUAUGGAGGCCAAAUCUACUGUGGAAGGGGAGAGAGACCUCCAGCCAUGGAAGAAAGAAGAGGAUCUGAGGGAGAUGCCAGGCACUGACAGUGGCCAGAGAAUACCGGGCCCGGACUCACAGAUCUCUCCAGACACAGACCAAGCAGAGCUCACUGAGCAGCUCAGAACCAAACACAUCAUAGUGAAUGUCAACAGGUCAGACACGGAGCCUGAGAGCCUGAGUCAGGUGCUCCAACUCACAGGUCCAGGACCUGUUGCUAAACAGCAGCGCAGCCUGAACCCUGCGAGAACAACCGAUCUGCCUGUAAACUCCUGUAAGCGAAGAGGCAGUGAUACAGUGACUGAGCGGCCAUCUUGUUCUAGUUAUGCUGCCGAGACAGUCUCAGGAAGCCCCUCGCCUCUCACAAAGAUGAACCCCAUUCCCCCACUUCCUCAGAUGGUGAGGGGUGAACACGAGAAUUCCCAUGGCGGUUCAGAGGUCAAGUCUGAGGUCAUAGUUAUCGACCCCCUUCCUGUUGACGAGGGGGAGGGUGGGGAUGACACGCCCUCUUCCUGGGGACAAGGUGACAUCAUGGAACCCAGGCAUCAUCAAGGAGGACAUAGUGAAGCAGAUGCCAUGCUUCUUGGAGGACAUUCGAGUAACACUUAUCAUCAUCAUCCUCACCCAGGUGUCCAGGCAGCAGCGAGACAGAACUCACCCGAGAAUCUGCUCUACACCAUUGGCAUGGACGGCGCUUUCGACAACCGCCUUGGCACCUUUCAGAACCCCGCAACCACCGCCACUGCUCCAUUCGCCGAAGGAACCGGAGAGCUGCAGUACCCCUCCUGGGUGGAUUUCCCUGGGAGCGCCCCCGACACCCACCUGGGCGACAUGACUGGGACUCAUCAGGACAGAGGGGUGGGGGACGAGGGGGCGAGGUCCUACAGGUGCACCUUCUGCGGGAGGGAGUACCCUCACCUGUGCCAGCUCAAGAUGCACCAGAGGGUCCACACAGGGGAGAAACCGUAUGAGUGCGCCCAGUGCGGGAAGCAGUUCAGCCAGCUGUGCGGCCUGAAGCGACACCAGAGAGUACACACAGGGGAGAAACCUUUUAGAUGCGCUCAGUGCGGGAAACAGUUCUCUCAUUCCAGCAACCUUAAAGUGCAUCAGAGCGUCCAUACGGGGGAGAAACGGUUCCACUGCGCCCAGUGUGGAAAGAACUUCUCCUUUCUGAGCAAUCUGAUAAGACACCAGGCAGUUCAUGCACGUAAAUUAUAGGUUGUGUUGUAUUGAUUUUGUUGUGUUGAUUUAGGAUUGUGUUUUCUGAAAUUAUUGUAAAUUGAAUGAGGUGUGUGAUUGCUCUGGCUAUAUGCCACGUUUACGUGCUAGUCAGAACUCGGAAAUGUCGGACUUGCUAACUGGUUGUAGUUAUGCACGUGCCGUGUUCAACCAGUUAGCAAGUUGGACAUUCAAGAGUUUCCUAGUUCCAAAACGCGCCAUUAAAUGUUGUUACCUGUUCUUUUUAUUCUUUCUUUGUCUUCUUUUUUCUCUCCUCUGACUGUUAUUUUGUAUUCUGGAGCCAUUUGUAGAGAAAUUCAAGAAAGAAUCAAGAAAUAAAUAAUGAUUUAAGGUUUGCUGCAGAUUGUUAUAUUGGUUCAACAUACAGUAUCAUGUCUAAAAGGUUACACUUUUUAUUGUAUAAAUUCCUACAGUAUUUGUGUAGUGUUGAAAAUAAUCAGGCCAAAAUAAGUUUGUCACAUGGAACAUGCUUGUGUUCAAGUUCAACCGUUCUUUGUGAUGUUUUGAGAAAUAAACCAACUCAUGGGAAAUGUGAAGAAUGUAUUUUGUCUUUGAGAAUAAUAAAUGGAGCUUUA